CCCCCCCGCCCCUUUAAAAGCUCCGCCCCCAGGGCCUGUGCGGCUGCAGUGCCUGAUGGGAGUGAAAAUGGCGGCGGCUGCGUCCGAGCUGCUGACGGGCUGGUGUCUCUUCGGCCUCGCGUUGCUGGCUAUUCUCAUUUUCUGCUGGGUUUAUGUGCGCAAGUACCAGAGUCGACGGGAAAGUGAAGUAGUUUCUACCAUAACAGCUAUUUUUGCAUUGGCAAUUGCUCUCAUCUCAUCAGCACUACUACCAGUGGACAUCUUCUUGGUUUCAUAUAUGAAAAAUCAAAAUGGUACAUUUAAGGACUGGGCUGAUGCUAAUGUUUCAAGACAAAUUGAAGACACUGUACUUUAUGGAUAUUACACUUUGUACUCCAUCAUAUUGUUCUGCGUCUUUCUGUGGAUUCCCUUUGUCUAUUUCUAUUAUGAGGAGAAGGAAGAUGAUGAUGGCAGCACAUGCUCACAGGUUAAAACUGCACUCAGAUACACUCUGGGAUUCCUCACAGUUUGUGCAGUUCUUCUCUUAAUUGGUGCUUUUGUCCCUUUGGAUAUUCCCAACAAGAAGAAUUCCACAGAGUGGGAGAAAGUGAAGUUGCUGUUUGAAGAAUUUGGAAGUAGUCAUGGCUUGACUGCUCUUUCAUUUUCCAUUAGUUCCUUGACUGUGAUUGGAAUGUUGGCAGCCAUCACUUACACAGCUUAUGGUAUGUCAGCUUUGCCUCUGAACUUGAUUAAGGGAACUACCAGUGCAGCGUAUGAACGUUUGGAGAACACUGAAGAUAUUGAGGAAGUGGAACACCACAUAUUAAGGAUUAAAUCAAAGUGCAGGGAUGGUCGGCCUCUGUCAUCAAGGGAUAGACGAGCUGUACAGCAACUUGAAGAAAGACUAAGGACACUUCGAAGGAGAGAGAGACAUCUGGAAUUUAUUGAGAAAAGUUGGUGGACAAAGUUCUGUGAAGCUAUCCGACCUCUAAAGAUUGUGUGGGGAGUAUUCUUUAUCAUUGUGGCGCUACUCUUCACUGUGUCUCUCUUCUUGUCAAAUUUGGACAAGGCUCUGCAUUCAGCUGGCUUUGAUUCUGGGUUUAUAAUCUUAGGAACUAAUCUGACCAAUCCAUUGAAUAUGCUUUUACCUGUUCUUCAAACAGUUUUUCCACUUGAUUAUAUUCUUAUUACAACUAUUGUCAUGUACUUUAUCUUCACUUCAAUGGCAGGGAUUCGAAAUAUGGGUAUAUGGUUCUUCUGGAUAAGGCUUUAUAAAAUUAGACGAGGAAAAACUCGACCUCAAGCACUCUUAUUUCUCUGUAUGAUACUUCUGUUGAUAGUUCUUCAUACAAGCUACAUGAUCUACAGUCUUGCCCCUCAGUAUGUAAUGUAUGGAAGCCAAAAAUACCUGGUACAGCAGAGUAAUAAGACAAUUGAUGGCCAGUGGAGGAAUGUGACAACAUUUGUAUCGAAAGACUGUGAUGCAGAUGCACCUGAAGAUCAGUGUAUUGUUACUCGGACAUACCUCUUUCUUCACAAAUUUUGGUUCUUCAGUGCUGUCUAUUAUUUUGGGAACUGGGCAUUCAUUGUAGUCUUUUUAAUUGGAUUAAUUGUAUCGUGCUGCAAAGGAAAGAAAUCUGUCAUUGAAGGUGAAGUAGAUGAAGAUGAUUCGGACAUGAGUGAUGAUGAACUGUCUGUUUACUACCGUUGACAGCUUUUUGCCUUCAAAGUUAAAAAAUGUAAUUUAAAGUUAUGUUGGAUAUCAUACCCAUGUGGAAUCCAUGUGGAAUUUCUAUCAAAAUAGGCAGCUGUGCACCUGUAAAAAUAGAGGAAGUAAAUGUACUCAUUUAAAGGGGGUGGAAAAACUGACUAUUAUUGGAGUAUCACUGUAUCAGAAAAUACUGAAGCUGGGUUUGAAUAAUAUAUGGAGAGUACUGUUUUAUGAUUAAAUGUAUAUGUGUAACUUUCUGAUGUACAAUUUGAUAAAUUGUUUGCAACUAUUUCAUAGUUGAUGUUGCUUUUCUGUUAGCCUAACUUUCUUAAAUACUUUCAUGCCUAACUUGUAUGACACUUUUAUGCAAGCUUGUUUAUAAAUAAAACUACCUGAAAUCCAACAAAACAGCUAGUAUACAUUGCUGGAAACACUUGGAUGAAACUUUCAGAAGGAUGUGACUUUAGUUUUGCUGAUGUUUGUGAUUCCCAUAUAAAACUAUAGUUGAAGAGAGACUGUUUUUACAGUAUUCCAAAAACACCUACUUGAUAAAGUGGUGAAUUCCCAGUAUGUGAGGAAUAAGUAGUUUCCACACUCUUGUCUCCAUUUAAGUUACUAUGGAAUGGGUAGCUUUUGCUCUAUCAGGAAAUCGUUAGUGCAUAUGACAAUAUUCAGUGUUCUUAAUGUUUAGUAUGAUUAAGUUCUGAAACUGCCAGGUGCCUGCCUUAGUAAUAAUGGAAUAAUUAAGAUGUGAUUAAUUUUUUAACUUUAAUGCAAAUUGCCUAGUUUGACAUUUUUCUUUCAGUAUUUAGUAUAAAUGUCAACUUAUUUACAAGCUUAUAUGUUUAUAUAAACACAAUUCAUAGAGACUCUUCAUGUCCUCUUCAUAAAAUGUUAACUGCAUAGUUACUGGGCUUUAUUUUUAAGGCUGAAAAUAAUUGUCUUCAAAUGUACUUUGACAGCCUCCAGAAGAGACAAUAUUUAAUAGUACUAAGUACUUAGCAUUAGGAGUUUAGACUUCUAAUGCUGCCUGAUGGGAAAAUAUGGUCCAUGCAAGCACAUGGAAAUAUAAUUUAAGUAAUAUUUUAUAAGACUAAUUGUUAAACAAUUACUGAAGUGUACAGAAGUCAUUAAUAUAUUAUUCCCUGCUUGCCUGUUGGCAAACUCUUAAAGCUGGCAGUUCCCUUCCCAAUUAUCCCCAACCAGUCUGCUGCUUCCUGUAGUACUCCAGGAUGUCUGGAGUUUUAAUUCUGUUCCAGUAUUUCAAGAAGUCAGAGAUGCUUAUUUUAAAGAAUUCAUGAACACAGGGAAUCAAUGUUUAGACUGUUUUUACAGGAACAAAAAAAGCUUCAAGUCUUCUGUGUCAGCUACUCCAUGACCCAUAUUUGUGACGUGAUAUGAUGUUAUGGUGUUGCAUCCUGAUUGUAAGUUUGAAAUAUAUGCUCAAGCUUGCUUGACUAGCAGCAACCAACUUGUUUUCUACUGGGAUAUAUGAAAGGAUGAACGUUCAAAUACUGAUAGCAGGUACAGAAGCUUGACUAGGGGGUCUGUUUUGAACUCCAUUUGACUAAUGUUAACUAACCACUGUUUAAAUUUGCCUGUGGUCAUGUUCACAAAGGAGGAAUUAUGUAUAAAAAAUUCAAAUGCUUAUGGUGGAACCUGAUGUUGGGUGUCCGGGAGUCUCUUGCAGUCUGCAUCCAGAGAGGAUGUCAGGAAGCCAUAGAGAAUACUACUUUUUGGAUGUCCUGAUUAAAAUUUAAGGUAAUUUUAAUAACAUUAAAACUACUCAAAUGUUCUUUUUGUUGGUUUUGUUCAUAUUUCAUGUUCAGCUUCAACUGAUCUUAAUCAUUGCUCCCCUUUUUUGGCUGUAUCACAUACAGAUUUUUUUCUUCUGUGUCCCAGGGCAUAAGAUUGGGCUGUGAUACCCAGUUUUGCUGCAGUGUCAGUCACCCAGUUUUGACUUUCCUUCCCACUGGGGAGAUUGCUGCUUGUGCAGGGAAGCUGGGCAGGAUGCUGUGUUGGUUUCAUGCCAUGCAGCUGCUCAGUUAUCGGUCUUGGGUGUCACUGCCCAAGGACCGUGGGCAUCCUCAGGCAUUUGUUGCUUUUAUUUGCCAGGUUCUUCCUACUCCAGUCCUGUCUUUUUUCCAUCUAGUUUGUAUGCAGAAGCACAGCAUGUGAUCUGCCUCUGAACUGGUGCUUCUGUUCCUUGUCUGUUUACCAAUUGGAGGAUGCAGUAAGCACCCCUUUUGUUUAGUCCAGGUGUUACCAAAAUUUAUGACCAGCCUUUACUGUUUCCAGCAGAAACUUGCUUCUUGCUAGCUGCAGAGUUCAAAAGUUCUGUUUCAGACACAGCGUCCACAAUGCAAAUUUGUUCACAUACUACAUCCUCAGUCUCUCAGCAGUUCAGUGAACCUGUGACUACAUUUUAAAAGACUUUGUAAACACUAAUAUACUUCUAAUAAAUAUAUUGGAAUUCAUCUCUAUCCAACACUACCUUCAUGCAAUGGACACUUGAUAUUUUUAACACUCUUCUGGCUUUAAAAUAAAUUUGAAUUUUCUGGAUGUGUUUUUGAAGUGCAUUCUGUGUAAUGCAGUUAUCAGCUGGAUUAGUUCAUUCAGUAUCACCUAAUGAAGAAAGCUGUUGCGGUGAAACACCAGAUAGCCCUGUCAUAACAUACUUGUUGAUCUGUACUUGCAGCAGCCUUAAGAAACAACUUCCAACAUAGUCUGCUUCCUUGUCUCUUGUGCUGUCUUCUAUACACUACUUAAGUAAAACAAUGAAUUAUUUAACUUUUUCACAGAGUUAUUUCUUCUGUGGUAGCGUUUGUAUGACUUGUAAGUAAACAUCUAACAUCUUGAACUGAAUCUUCAGAAACUUCCUUUUUUGACUAAGGACACCUAAAAUAGCAACAGAAUUAUUUCACUGUGUUUUGAAGAUAUAUCUUGGUAGUCUGAACUUUAGAAGCCUCUGAGUAAUUGUAGUGCUAGUCAGACCUGGUUUCUAAGUUGGGGAGGGGGGAGUGUUUUGGAUUUGUGGUGUGUGAUUUUUUUUUUUUUAAAGUUGCGCUUAAAAAUUUCUACCAUGUGGAGGCUCAUGAACAUUUAAAAGCUAUUAAGCUUUAAAUCUUACUGACACAUCAUCAAAACAUAAGCUGUUGUCACCAGGAGUAAAUUUAAGAGAAUUCAGCAGCAACACAUGCCAAAUGGGCUCUCUUCUUGCUUGCCUGUUCUGUUGUGAUUGGUUUAUCUGGAAUUACAAAUCAUUAAAUACAGUAAAGCCUA